UCGUGGUUUCAUAGUUUCCUAUCGGGCUUUUCCGCCUGUGAAGCCAGAGGCGUGCCAGUAGUAGAGAUGGCGUCGAGGGGGGUUCGGCACAGAAAGGGCAGCAAGCAGGAUGUAAACACGGUGCACCCCAAUAUUAACAGCGAGCCCACAUCCACGGAGGAGACUCGGAAUGAUUGGUACCCAGUGCGUUACUCUGCUCCUUUUAUCUGGCCUCUCUCCUAUUGCAGAGCUCUCUCUUCCAGUAAAGCAGGGCAGGUGUGGGCCCCUGAGGGCUCCACAGCCUUCAAGUGUCUGAUCUCCGCCCGCUUCUGUGCAGCCCUGCUCAGCAACAUCUCCGACUGCGAUGAGACCUUCAACUUCUGGGAGCCUACCCAUUUCCUCCUGUAUGGAGCGGGCUUUCAGACCUGGGAGUACUCCCCAGCCUCUGCUAUCCGGUCCUAUGCCUACCUGUGGCUGCACGCUGCUCCAGCCUGGUUCCAUGCCAGGGUCCUGCAGACCAGCAAGGUCCUGGUGUUUUAUUUCUUACGAUGUCUUCUGGCCUUCCUGUGCUGUGUCUGCGAGCUCUAUUUCUACAAAGCGGUGUGUAAGAGGUUCGGGCUGCACGUGGGUCGGGUAAUGCUGGCGUUCCUGGUCCUCAGCACUGGCAUGUACUGCUCCGCAGCAGCAUUCCUGCCCAGCACAUUCUGCAUGUACACCACGCUCGUAGCCAUGACGGGCUGGUUCAAUGACAACACCCCUGUCUCUGUACUGGCUGUGGCAGCAGGAGCCAUCGUGGGCUGGCCCUUCAGUGCAGCUCUGGGGUUGCCCAUUGCGUUUGACUUGCUGCUGCUCAAGAGGAGAUGGAAGAGUUUCCUCACCUGGGCUCUGAUAGCCCUGCUGCUGUUCCUGGGUCCUGUUGUAGCCGUAGACAGUUACUACUAUGGGAAGCUGGUGAUCGCUCCUCUCAACAUCGUGCUGUACAAUGUCUUCAGUCCGCACGGGCCAGAUCUCUACGGCACAGAGCCCUGGCAUUUCUACCUGGUGAACGGCUUCCUCAAUUUCAACGUGGUGUUCGUGCUGGCUCUGCUGUCCCUUCCUGUGACUGCUGUGAUGGGGGCUCUGCUGCAGCGCUUCAGCGUUCAGAACCUGGGCCGGCCCUACUGGCUCACGCUGUCCCCCAUGUACAUCUGGAUGCUGGUCUUCUUCACCCGCCCCCACAAGGAGGAGCGCUUCCUGUUUCCAGUCUACCCGCUCAUCUGCCUGUGUGGAGCCGUGGCGCUGUCCUCCCUGCAGAAAUGCUACCACUUCCUGUUCCAGCGCUAUCGCCUGCAGCACUACACCGUCUCGUCUCACUGGCUGGCUCUGGGGACAGUGCUUCUGUUCAGUGUGCUGUCACUGUCCCGCUCUGUCGCACUCUUCAGAGGAUAUCACGCGCCCCUCGACCUCUACCCAGAAUUCCACCGCAUCGCUAAGGACCCCACUCUCCACACGGUUCCUGAAGGCAGGCCUGUGCACGUCUGUGUGGGGAAGGAGUGGCAUCGCUUUCCUAGCAGCUUCCUGCUGCCUGACAACUGGCAGCUGCAGUUCAUCCAGUCGGAGUUCCGGGGCCAGCUUCCCAAACCCUUCUCUAAAGGAGGGUCCCCCACGCAGAUCAUCCCCACCCACAUGAACGACCAGAACCGGGAGGAGCCCUCUCGAUACAUGGAUCUCAAGCACUGCCACUAUUUAGUGGACCUGGACACUACGUCAGAGACGCCACGGGAACCACGCUACACAGCCAACAGCGAGGAGUGGAGCGUCAUCGCGUCCAAACCUUUCCUGGACAUCACCAGGUCAUCACAGCUGCUGCGGGCCUUUUUCGUUCCCUUUCUGUCGGAGCAGCACACGACUUACAUAAAAUACGUCAUCCUGAAACCCAAGAGACCAAAGCAAGGCAGGAAAAGAACACAUCCGUGACCUCGCAGCUCGGACCGGACCGGACCGAGCAGCCUGCUCCCAACAGGACCUCCGAACAGCCCUCAUUCACAGCCUUACUGUGGGAAAUACACCCAGACACACAGUUUGUAUGUCUUAGUCAAUCACAAGUGACCAGUUCAGCGGCAUGUGUCCUGUUUGAUGGUCCUUGAAAAAGCCUAUUACACUGUAUUGGCCGAGCUGUACUUUUGUUUGUGUGUCGUGUUAAUAUUUUGCAGAUCAUG